UAUAAACUAAAUCAAAUCUGACUCAUUCAUUCUUAUGUCCCUUUGAUAAUUUUUCUUUUUGACUCAUUCUAAUCACAUGAUGCAUCUUUAUUUUUCCUCUCCUAUAUAAUACCCAACCUUCCCAUAUCUUUAAAAGAAACCUCUCACUUUGUGAAGCAAAACAAUACUCAAUUUUUUUAGGCAAAAGAUAACACUCAAUUUAAAAAGGAUAAAAAAGAAAUUGCUAAACCAAAAAUGGGAAACUGCUUGAAGAAUCAAUCAUCAACCAAAUAUGCGACCGACGACGAUGACUGGUAUUUCCAGGCAUCCGAAGGCGAUUGCACGUCCAAAAGCAACGGUGCUCCCACCAAAAUGACAACCGAGGUGAAGAUCAAAAUUACAAAGAAGCAGUUAGAAGAGCUGUUAAGCAAAGUGGACAUGAGGGAGUUGAGGGUAGAGCAAGUUUUAGCCCAAUUGAUGAACCAUAGCAAUGGCUAUCAAUCACUUCAAAGAUCUUGGAGACCUGCACUUCAAAGUAUCCCUGAAGUGGAUUAAGCUUCAUUUAGAUUAAUUUAGGUGUAUGAAGUUGAGGAAGAUGAGUAUUGGCCUAUUAAAUUAGGUCAAUCUUUCUUUUUCCUUUCGUUGGAAAAAUUGGAUUGUCCAUUUGAGGUGGUUUAUGGCAUGUGUCCCCUUAGUGCACCAGACCUAACCCCUUGUUCUAGGUCUAAAAAAUAAGAGUAGUGAUAUUUGAACAACCAUUUUAAACAACUUUUGUGACAACUUCUUUUUUCUCACUUUUCAUUGGUCAAAAACAAUGGAGAAAGAAAAAAGAAGAGAGAGUAUAAAAAUAUAAAGUGAGUAUGAGAGAGAAAGUUGUCAAGAAGUUGUCACAAAGUGGUUGUACAAAUAUCAUUUCUCAAAAAAUAAAGCGUAGAUGUUCAACAGAAUGGAGAAACAGACAUUCAAAGGAGAAUUGAGAAACAAAAUUCAAAGUAUAAGACUCAUGAGACAGACAUUGCAAGUGACAUUCAUUCAAAGUAUAUGACUCAUGAGACAGACUUUGAAGAUGAGGAAAAUCUUGACUUAAAGACGAGUCUCUUCCAAUCAGGGGAGAACGAUUAAGAAUAAUACGGACUUUUCAAGAAAUAUAAAAACUUAAUUAUGGGACUUUCAAGUAACACCACUAGAUGAAUACAUGAUAAUAGUUAACAUGGUCUAUCACCCUAGAUGAAUACUUUCAAGUAACCCUGGGUCAAAUCUUUUAGCCAUUCAAAUUCUUGCUAACCCCGUCUACCAUAUAUGCUUCUUGUAGCAAUUUUCAUUAUGUUCCUGGAUGUACUAGGGAUUUUAUUUACAUUGAUUGUAC